AUGAUGAAGAUUGGGGAGAUCGAGGGCGAGUUGCUGGAGAGAUACGUCACCUCAGAGCGCAAAGAACCGAAUCUGCAGCAGAAAUUGAUGAAUGUGCGCCAGAAGAUGGAAAAUCAUGGACCAUACGGCAUCUUGAGAAUCUACACGGCGUGGAAGAAACACCCGGAUUUCGGCUGUGAAGGUAGAUGCACGCACUACACGGUGGAUUCCGAACACUACAUGACGAUACGCUACGAAAACCGUCCAACCAAUGCAAAGAACCCCGACUUUGUCACCGCGGCGAAAUCGAUCAAACGGCGCUGGUACCAGUUGAAUUGUGUGUCGAGUGGUUGCGGGGCAUUUCCGCUCCUGCACUGCGCCAAUGAACUGGGCAUGUACAUGCGCAACGAAUUUGUGCAAGCCUUUGUCGUGACCGGGAUCGCUUUGAACGAGUCCGCCAUCAUCCUCGAGCCCGGGCGAACAACCAAGCUCGAGGCUUACCAUGGGGAUUCGGAGGCAACCUGGACCUUCCCUACAAACGAUGACCCGGAAAAUGAGAGCUCCGCGAAUCGCAUCACAUUCUAUCCC